AUGGGCAAGCGCAAGCGGUCAACUGAGGACGAAGCGACAGAAUGCUUCGCCAAAUUGCGCAAGGAGCUCUUCCGUGUCCUCAAGACGGCCAAGGGAUUUGAGCGCCAGCGCCUGGCCAAGCGCACGCGGGACAAGGGCGUCACGCCCGAGAAGCUGCAGCGCCUGGAGCGCGAGGUCGCCGUGCUCAAAUCGCUGGACCUGCACCAGUCGGCGCACACACACUUGUGCUCUUCAUUGCUCAAGGUCAAAACGAUAGCGGCAUCGCCCCAUCUGCCCGAGGAGGUCAAGGCGGGAGUACCGAAGCCGGAGCUGGACGAGGAGGAGAAGGCGGCGCUGCACAAUGUCACGAGCGCGCUGUACAACCGUCCUCAUGUCAGGACCGUAGUCGACAAAGCAAUGGCCGACAUGUGCGCGGUAUUGGGCGUGUCGCCGCCUGACAAGAAGGGCGGGAAGGGCAAGAAGAGCGCCGCGCAGCGUGACGCGCCAACAGGGGACGCCGAGGUCGAGAGCAGCGCGCAAAAAAGGGCACAGAGAGAGGCCAGCAUCAGUGACGCGGAGGAAGGUGAAGGCGAGGGCGACUACGACCUAGAAGACCUGGAGGAGGGAGGUGAGAGUGGCGAAGAGGAGUUUAAUGGAUUCUCUGCGGACGAUUCGGCUUCAGAAGAUGGGGAUGGGGAUGUGGGUGAUGACGAAGACAUGGACACGGACGCGGAGGAAGAGGCUAUUGCACGAUUUGAUGCCCGGCUAGCAUCUUCUUCGGACGAGUCGGGGGCAGAAGAUGGAGGCAUGGAUAUCAGUGGCAGUGUGGAAGCUUCCGAAGGCGACCUUUCUGAUGCAGAAUCAGACUCCUCCUCGGCGGUUCCCCCACCCACGAAGAAAGCAUCCACGACGAAAAAAGCUGGCAAAACAGCGACGCCCACCGGGUCCGCAUUUCUGCCAUCAUUAAUGGGCGGCUAUGUCUCCGGCUCCGAAUCAGCAUCGGAUGUCGACAUUGCCCCUCCCCGGAAGAACCGCAGAGGACAGCGAGCGCGGCAGGCCAUCUGGGAGAAGAAGUUCAAGAAGGAGGCCAAGCAUCUCAAGGACGAGAGCAAGGGCGCUGCUUGGGAUCCCAAGCGCGGUGCCGUGGCAGCUGGCGAGUCCAAGCCGUGGAAAGCGGGUGUCCGCACUCCCUUCCACAGAGGCAAGGGCAAGGAGGACGCGUCCAACAACGCGAAUAUGGUGCCACUAGCAGAGAGCUCCAAUCCCAAGCCCAAGCCGGAGCGCAAGGCCGACGAUACAGGAAAGCUGCAUGCUAGUUGGGAGGCGAGGAAGAAGGCAAGAGAAGCCCAGCAGAACGUGAAGUUCCAGGGUAAAAAGAUUACUUUUUAG